UUCAUCUCCUCCAUAAUUCAUGGUUUAACAAUAUAGUACAAAAACAAAAGAGAAUCGUUGAAUUCAUAGUAAACACUUCAAUUAUGAGUGAUUUAAAAACAAAAGAAGCAGAUAGAGCAUGUCAAAUUGUUAAGAGGAUAUGGUAGAAUCUCCCCUUCAUGGGGAGUUAGAUUUUAAAGGCACAUGGAAAAGUAAGUAGGGUCCUAAACUCAAUCAAAACACCAUUUGGGCCCAUGUGAAAAAGCCCGGAUCAAAGCAGAACCUGGCCUCACUCACGGACCCACACCAGCAAAGAACCCAACCCAGUGAGACAGUGACAUUUCUGGAACUUAAAAAUUGGAAAGCAGUUGAAAAUAUUGUCACUUCAAAUUCGUGAACUUAAGGACAUGAUUUGUAUUUUGGUUCUCCAAUUCGCAAAAUGAUUGUUGUAGUCUCGAAAUUCCACUUUUAUUAGCAGUGUUGAUCGAGAUUUGUUGAAUUUUAUGUCAUGUUUUAGAGGUAAAAAAGGAUCAACACUGAUAAUGAAAGUGGAGUUCAAAACAAACUAUUUUACAAAAUUAAGGAUCAAAAUACAAAUCGAAUCUAAGUUCAAGACUACUACAAGUGAAAAGCCACAUGAUAUAAUAGAAAAAGUAUGCAGAUGCCUAUCCCCCGUCAUAAUAAGCGCCACCAUGGGGACACUUAAAAAAGGGAGAACUGUUGUGCUCCCGCGAAAAAGUGGUUUUCAAGCCUUUGUUUAUUCCUCUGUGGAACUGGAAAGGUAAGUCUGCAACUCACUCAGUCCACACCAAUCUCUCUCUUCUUUUUGUGAGCUUAAUUUUCACAUUCAGCUGAGCUCUGGGAGAUUCUUCAGUCAAAAGCAACUAAUUUAGCAAGAAUGGUGAAGGAAACUGAGUUCUAUGAUGUCCUCAGCGUCAGUCCCUCAGCUUCUGAGGAAGAAAUUCGCAAGGCUUAUUAUAUUAAGGCAAGGCAAGUUCAUCCGGACAAAAAUCCAAAUGAUCCUCAGGCUGCUGAAAGAUUUCAGGUACUAGGUGAAGCUUAUCAAGUUUUGAGUGAUCCAGUGCAAAGAGAUGCAUAUGAUCGAAAUGGAAAGUAUUGCAUAUCUAGGGAAACCAUGCUUGACCCCACAGCUGUCUUUGCUUUUCUUUUCGGAAGUGAAUUAUUUGAGGACUACAUAGGACAUCUAGCUGUAGCAUCAAUGGCCUCUUCUCAAUUAGCUGGUGAAGGUGACAGCCCUGAAAAAGUGCAUGAUAAAUUGAAGGCUGUCCAGAAAGAAAGAGAAGAAAAGCUAGCAAAAUCACUCAAGGAUUUUCUUAAACAAUAUGUUCAAGGUGACAAAGAGGGAUUCUUACAGCAUGCUGAAUCUGAAGCUGGACGACUUUCUGAUGCAGCCUUUGGAAUUGAAAUGCUACACACUAUUGGCUAUGUAUAUUCGAGACAAGCAGCACAAGAGCUUGGAAAGAAAACCAUAUUCCUGGGAGUACCAUUUUUGGCUGAGUGGGUACGGAAUAAGGGACAUUUCUGGAAGUCACAGAUGACUGCUGCAAAAGGUGCUUUUCAGUUGCUCCAACUUCAAGAAGAAAUCCGUCGGCAAUUUAAAAUGGAUGGAAGCGGCCCUGAAAAUGAUGUUGAAUCACAUAUACGCUUAAACAAAGACACACUUUUGAACUCAUUGUGGAAAUUGAAUGUGGUGGACAUUGAAGUAACUCUCAUGCAUGUUUGUCAAAUGGUUCUACGGGAAAAUAACGUUAGAAAAGAUGAACUUAAAGCUCGUGCUCUGGCGCUCAAACACCUUGGAAGGAUAUUUCAGGAGGAAAAGCAGACACGAAAUGGUGGAACUUCAAGAAGGAAAAGUUCGGCUGACACAGACGACGACGGGAGCAGUUCCGAUAGCAGUUCUGAAGAGGAUUCGCCACGACCACUUUCAUAUAGAACUCCUUUUCUCACUCAGGGUAUUGGCAGGCUCUUCAGGUGCCUUUGCAAUCCAGCAUUUGAUGUUGAUGACGAAGAGAUUGUUUACAAAAGCAAAUGAUAUGCAAUGCAUGAGAUUAUAUGUAAAAGAAGGAAAAGUUGACAAGCGUACGUGAGAUGGCAAAGCAUAUAUAUAAGUUAUAACAGAGGGUGAAAGCUGUCGUGGUAAAUCGAGGAUUUUGUUAUAUUCAUGCUAGAGAAUGGCGCAAGCCAGUGUCGUGUGUCAAAAUGUAUUUAUUCAUUGCCCUCAUUAUUGUGGAACAGUUCCAUUUUCAAAUAUGUUCAAUUUUUACAGUGAUAUAUAUAUAUGUAAUCGCAACAACAAAGCUUUCUCUUCAGUUUCAGACUCUCUUUAGAGUCUUCCGCGUGGACGAGGGCGAAUAUAUCUUGUAAACAGAUGUGAGAAAUAUAAGCAUGAUUAUCACUUGGUCA